AUGUCUGACUGUGCACUAAACAUUUUCAACGGGAUUAGGAAUUCAUUUCCGGAGUGCAAUAUCUUUUGGUGCGCGCUACAUGUAAUACGCGCACUUAAAAAGAAUCUCUCAAAGAUAAAUGAUGAAGAGAUUAGAUCAGAAGUCGAAAAAUUUAUGAACAUUUUAUGUUAUUAUCGUGAUUGCACAGAAGAAGAUGCUGCAAAAAUGUAUAAAGAGCACAUUAUUGAUAAAAUUCAAGAUCAAUUGGAAUUUAAUCAAUACUUUACACGUCAGUGGGACAUUCAUAAACAACAGUGGAUAGCCGCUGCCAGACCAAAUGAAUUAACCGUUGUGAAUAACGUUUCUGAAUCUUUAUUUAAAAAGAUAAAAUAUCACAAUUUUGGCUGCGUUAAAAAUCAAAGAAUUGAUGUUUUUGUCAAAAAUCUUUUAGAAGAAGUUGCACCCAAUUACUUUUAUCGUAUUAAAAACGAUUUACUUCAAACAGGUUUUAUUCCUUCAAUUAGAAUUCGCGAGCCUCGAUUGACAGAUUAUAAAACAAAAUUGAAAAGAGAAGUUCAAUCACGUUUAUACCAAGUAUUAAAUUUUGUUCAGAAUCAAGAAGCCAAUUUGAAUCCAUUAAGAUUUUUAUUGGAAAAUGCUGAAGAAAAACUUUCUCAAAUAAAUGAGAAGAUACAAAAUUCAAUUACAUAUUUAAGAUCGUUUGAAAUUCCAAAUGAAUUGUUAGAUACGUAUAUGUUAGAAAUUAAUGAAUUUUGUUAUAAUUCUCCAGAUUAUAUUUUAGAACAUUUCGAAGAAUUUUUGGAGGAUUUCAAAGAAAAGAAUAAUUUAAUAGACUAA